AUGAAGAGCGGCGUGUGUCUGUGCGUGGUGAUGGCAGUCCUGGCCGCAGGCGCCCUGGCGCAGCCCGUAGUCCCUGCAGAAGGUACGGACCCCGUGGAGCAGCGGGUGGAGGAGGCUCCCCGAAGGCAGCUGAGGGCUGUGCUCCGAACGGAUGGCGAGCCUCGAGCGCGCCUGGGAGCACUGCUAGCUCGAUACAUCCAGCAGGUCCGCAAAGCUCCUUCUGGCCGCAUCUCCAUCCUUAAGAACCUGCAGAACCUGGACCCCAGCCAUAGGAUAAGUGACCGGGACUACAUGGGCUGGAUGGAUUUUGGCCGGCGCAGUGCCGAGGACUAUGAAUACCCAUCGUAG